AUGGACGAAGCACCAUACUACGCUUUUGCACGGAUGAUCUAUUUAAACCUCACAACUCUGAGUGGACCGUUUGUUCCCCUCCCGUGUCCGCUGCCGCGGCGCCGGUGCCAAGCCCGCGGUCCAAAGACGCUGCUCUGCGAUGUGCCAUAUUGUGGGUCCGCGGCGUCGGGCCAGCACCGGCCGGCGACAACGCGAAGGCAGCGGGGGAGGCGGCGGCGGCGGCAGCGGGGGGCGCGGGAGCCCACGUCCGCGGCGGGCUCGCCCCCUCCCGGGGCCGCCGAGGGCCGGGCUCGGCCCCCCACAAAGGGAGAUGCCCGGCGCGCUCUCCGAGCCCCUCCGCAGUUACGGGGACACCAAAGCCGCGGCCGCCCGUCAGGAGACGGCAGGACGGGGAGAAAAUGGGGCCUAGACGGCUCGCCCGCACCUGAGCCAGAUGCAGGCGGAAAGGCGGAGCGGGCAGCGCCCGGGGCCGCUUCCACCCGACCCCCGGCCGCCCUCCCCACCCGCGGCCCUAACCCCCGCCCAGCAGGGGGGCGCCCCCUCCCUAACUCCCACUCUCAGGGGGUUAACUGCCAGUUCCCCUUCCCCAGCCCCAAAACCCGCCAUAAUGCUCCCUUCCUAGGGACAGGGCAGCCAAGGGACGAACGGGACCCAAACGAGCCCCGCGCCGCCCCGGCCCGGACACCUGAGCGUCAGCGUCGCCUCCCCCGCCGCAGGAUGAGGAUGCGAGAGCCCCCUCCCCCUGGAAACACGCGUCCCUGCACCCCCCGGACGCCCCCGGAGACGACAGCCACUGACCUGGGAUGUUCACACACCAGACGCCCGGACCCCGUUAUCGGCUCGGCCCCCGCGACGUCUCUCUACACGUCCGCGACCCGACGACCCCCGGACAGAAGCCACUGCGGACGCCGGCCCCGGCUCCACACACCCCUCCCCAAACAGCAGCGCGCAGCCUCUUCGCCGGCGGCCGAGGAGCAGGGGCGGGGGCGCCCAGUCAGCCGGCAGGAACGCGGAGGCCACGGCGACGCUGCUCCGAGUGUCUGCGCCCCCUGUGCGGCCGCUCCCCGACUCAGCCUCGCUCUCCGACUCGGCCCCCUGCGCCCGCUCAGUGUCACUGCCUCUCGCUCUGGGAAAAUGGCGGCGGCGGCGGCGGCGGCCGCGGCGGCGGCGGCGGCGGCGGCGGCGGCGGCAAGUGCACGGGGCCCGCCCGCCCCGCUCCGCAGGGGCAGAGGGGGAGGGGACGAAGCCGCCCGCCGCCAUCUUGCUUGUGGGCUGCCGCCCGCCGUGGCCUCUCCACGGAGGCUCCGAGACGGCCAACUGGAGGCAGCGGGGCGGACAGCAUCUCCGUCUUUUUCACAACAGAGGCGUUCGACCGUUCGCCGAAGGUUUGGGGAAGCCUCGGUACUGGGUGGGAUCGGGGUCGCCCCCUCCGCCCCGAGGAGCCCUCAAGUCUGGAAGUCGGGGAGCCUGGGCACGCCACUGCUUGGGACAAGCAUCGGGACGGUGGGCCCGGGACGCCCCCCGCCCGUGCCCCUCCCCCCGGCCGGCCUCCGGCGCAGGGGAGCCGGCGGGGGCGUCGCUCGACGCCCACUGGGGGCUGGGGCGGCUCCAGUGCGCAGGCUCCGGGCGCCGGAUAAAAGCGGAGCUGGCGAGUCGGCGGCGUCUCGAUGGAGGAGCGAGAAACGGAAGAGGCCGGGGGGAGCCGCCGCAGGAAAAACGCCGCCAGCGCCCGCGCCGCCUCCUUGCCACCGUGUAUCGGGGGCAGUUUACACGGGAAUUGCAAAGAAUUAGACGAGAGGUUAUCUUCCACCGAACAAUGGGCGAACUCCACGCUCGUGAGUGACUCCCGGUGCUCCGAGGCCUGCGGUGUUGAGGAGUUUGAACGUUUCCCUGCCGGGCGGGGUCCGAUUCUGGACGCCCGGCAGGACUCUCAGUCCUGGCCCCCGACACAGCCUGGACGGUGCCCUCAACACCGCGACCCCGUGGAGCGAAGCCGCUCGCGGCCGGCGGCCGAGGAGCUGGAGCUUCCUUACGCCUCAGAACACUUAACCUCCAUGUAAAUCACGCUGCAAUAAGACAAACCCAAAAGUGAAAUGGAAGACCGUCUACUGACACGGAGAGAUGAGCAUCAUGUGUAGUUUAAUGAAAUCACAUGCACACGGUAAUCGCAUUUUGGUAAAAAAAAAUGUACCCGUAAGGAUAUACAUCAAAAUGUUAAUGAUUUCCUCUUUCUAUUUUUAAAAUGUUCUGCAGUGAUGAUGUGUUGCUCUUGUAAUAGUGGGAAACAAUAAAGAUUAUUUUGUAAACUGUCUUUGUGAUUUAUGAGAGAUGUAUAUUCUGUUAGCUAACUCAACUUUCACAGAGGAAAAUAAAUAGUUUGAUAUGUCUAUAUUUCUAUAUCUUGAUUUGUUUGGAAAUCUGGAGUUAUCACUAAAAGAUGUUGACUCGAGGUUGGAGUCUUGUUCCUUUUCAUUUAAGCUGUUGUAUAUGGAUUUUCUUCUUUUUCUUAAAUGUACGCACGUUUUACUGUGUUAAGUAAAAUUGAAAAGCUAAAACUACAUCUCAGUGCAGUUGUUAGAAAUGUAUUUCCAUCCCGGUUGCUCUGUCCUUUCCCUUCUCCACCCAGCAGGCUGAGCAAAGAGAAAUUAAACACCAGGCUGAAAGGUACUUUGAAUAACAAUCAGGAUCAAGUAGAGACAAAUUAUGAAUUGCUCAAUAUAAAGCAUGAGAUUCUUUCUUUUUUUUAAUUGAGGGGAUAGAAAUACAGCUUCUUAAUUAUCAUAAACUGCGUCAUACUCUUUUUGGGAGGGCCUUUUGGCUUGAAUCCAUUACUGAUUAUAUAUCUGGUAGCACUGUGGGAACUGUAUUAUUAUCCAAACAGCCUUAAAGUCGCAGCUUGUAUAUUUGGCGCCCUCUACAGCAUUAUUUGUAAGUGACAAAAGCAGCUUUCCUUACUGAGCUGUUGUCUGGAAGAUGGUAAAAUGUAAAUUUCAGUCCCCCUUCCCAGUGUGAUUCAUCUCAUUUCUUUCCCUGGCAUCCAAAGAGACUUACCCCUCUCUGCACCUACACAUUAAUUCCUAGCGAUGACACUCCCUAGGCUGUUACCUUGCUCUGGUUCCUUAAUCUCGAGGCUUCAAUUUCCUCAUUUAUAAAAUGAAGUUGAUAAUUGUAAGAACCACAUACGGUUCCUCUCAGGACUAGAUGAACGAAUAUGUGUAAUGUGGAUGCCCUGCGCACAGUAGGAGCUCAAUAAUUGCUAGCUGUUUUUUACAUAUAAAUAGAUCCAGUCAAUACUAAACAUGCUUGAAGACAGCAAUCAAUCUUGACUCAGGUGUUGUAAUCAGCCAGUUGGGGAAUGCGAAGAAUGUUAAAGAGUGGCUAAGAAAAUAAAGAAUACAAGCCUGGAUAUGAUUCUAAUCUCUGGUCAGUUCCUGCCAAUUGUGGUGUCUGGAAGCACGUUCAAUUCCUUUGGAUCCUUCACAGUGCCUAUCAUUGCAUGCCCUUAAGAAAUAUUUGUCUUGUUUUAAUGUUCAAGGUAAGUGAUUAUAUGGUAGAUCUUGGAAAAUAUAGAAAAUGCAGAAUGACAGAAAAAAUAAUUAGUCCAAAAAAUUGAAGAUUUGGAUUCAAACUUCUGAUUUCUAAGCCAGAGUCUCCAAAUGCCAUUUUUUGGGUUAGUGUGCUUUCUGAACGGGCUGUGGACAGUAUUUGUGUUAUCAUUGUACCAGUGUGAAUGCAGCAUGAUUGACUCUAUGGAACCCAUGUAAAUCAGAAUUUACAAAUCAAUGAAAGUAGUAAGUUCCACAAUUCUCAUCCAUUGUCACCUAAUUAUAGCAUUGCUUAGGCUAUGCAGCUAAAAUUUAUUUCCUCUGACACAGUCCAAGAAUUACCUGCCCUCUCCAGAUAUCCUGAGAAACCAUCUAUGGUUCUUUUCCUGCAGUGACAGACAUGGACGUUGGUGCUUAACAUCUGUACCUCCUGGGCUCCCCGAGUCCCUCUGGAGCCUUUACUUGGUCCUAUAUAUAAUAAAUGUCCCCAUGCUUGUUUUUCCUAAGUGUGUUGUAUUAGACAUAUCACUACUGUUUCUCCUUCUCUUCCACUACUUCAGUGCUAAACCAGAUUAAUUUUCUCAUCAACAGCUCUGGCUAAGUGUUUAUUGAGCCUCUAUUAUAUGCUCGGACACUAUGCUAAGCACUUUACGUACAUUAUUUCUAACACAACCACAAUCCAGUAAGGUAGAGGGUAUUAUCCCCGUUUUCUAGGGGAGAAAAUUGCGCUAGGUCACCCAGAUGGUAAGUGUCAGAGCCAGACUUCUAACCUGAGUCAGUCUCUAGAACCCAUGGCUUCAACGCUGCCUCAGAAACACUUGCCAAAGGGAGAAUUUUGAGUUACGCAGACUUCAGAAGUGCAAGGAGAAUCUUGCAACUCCCUUCAGGCACUAAUCCAUCAGUUCUGAGGCUCCCUCCUUUUCAAGAAAGCCCAUCGAUCUAGCCCUGCCAUAGUGAUACCUAUUAGAACCACGAGGGUCCAUAUUUGCUUGCCAUCUUGCAGUUUGCAAAGGUUGACCCAUGGGGAAUCAUAUUUUGUGUUCCAGAACAGCUUGGGCUCAUCAUCCGCUGAACCUCCAAGCUGGGGCAGCAAGUUCUUUUCUGGCAGAAGAUUGCAGCUGCUACUAUUUACCACCCAGGGGAUACACUGAAUCCCCAGCCUUACAGCUGGGAACACAGAUCUGGCUGUGCAAGCCUAUAAAAGAAAUCCUGACAAAAGAGGAGGAGUGUUCACAUGCCAGCCAUCCUGGUCACAGUGCACUGGGCAAUGAGCUCUCCUGCUGGAAGCUGUGCCGCAGAACCAAAGGCAUGGUCUUGGCCACCAAACCCACAGUCAGCAGUCCUUAGUCAGCUGGGCCUUCCCAACACAUGUGCUCAUUCAAUUGUGCCAAGCGUGUGGUCUCCUAAUUUCUUUUCCUCUCUCUCACUCUCCCUCUUUCCCUCUACCCCCAACUUGCUCUUGUCCUUACAAGUUUCCUCCAGGUUUACACCUCAACCUCAUUGUAGGAUCCCAGCGGAUGCCAAGGCUUGCGUGGGUGGAAGAUUAUAAAUCAAAGCCUUAGACGCAGGCAUGAGGGAGGGGCCCCCAGAGGGUGGAAGGGCCACAACUUGAAAACAAAUGAGCCUCUUUCAUCCCAGUGGGAUUUUUGUUGUUGUUUUCUAAAGCCUGCUGUUCCGGCAGGGCGCUUCACCAGAAGCUGUGGUUUCUGGAACUUUCAGAAAGAGUAAGCACUAGCACAGUCGUCCAUAUGUGUGUCCUCUGACAGUUUCAGCAAAACUUGGGGGCCUGGAGAAGGUCUGUUACUUAAACAAGCCUCAGUUUCUCAUAUGUUUCCAUUUGAAGAGCAGCUUAAAGCAUAGCGUCAGUCAUCGUUUUCUCCGUAAUUAAUAAGUUUCACAGAAUGGCUGGAGGGGUCAGAUUUGAGAGAUCUGACUGGAUAGAACUUAAGAAAAAUUAAAUCUUGUCAGUUCUCAGUUGUUUGUCCUAGUGGAGGGGAUCCAGAGACAGAGAAUUCUAGUGGGACUUGAAUUCACUGUUCAUUUUCAUUUGGUUUUAUGAGGCAUUUUAGUAAUUAACAUUUUUAUAUGGGUGUGUCUCCGGUUCUGGGAAUUUACGACUGUUUACAUCAAAUAACAAAGCUACUCAGUAAAGAUGCUGACGGGGCUGGAAGGCUGUCAGAUGGUCUUCCAGCCUCAACUCUGCUCAGUGAGAGCUGGAAACACAAUGGGCUUUGGCCUCAGACCAUGGAAGGUUUAAACCCCAAUGCUGCUGUGUGACUUUUCAGCUUCCUUACUUGAAAAAUUGGGAAAAUGAAAUACUAUCGAGUACCUCAAGCAUGGUAUCAGAGAAUAACCUCGGAAGUUGAGAGGGAGUUCUCAGACACAACGAUGAAGUGUAUCCAGCAGUCAACUGGGUGUUAUUUUAAUCUGGAUGGAUUAAAGACUUCCAUGAGUAGACCAGAGCUGCUAACCGGCUUGGGUUGGGGGGAGCUUCAGCAACCUCUCUUUAUGACAUUCUGAGUAUAGAUUAAAAAGGGACUCAGCAGGACCCAAGAAGGUCACAGGCUAGAGUUAAGUCUCUUGCUGGAAUCUCGCCAAUGAGCAACCAGCUCAGAAGGAAAGCAUACUUAGUGUUCCUAAGAGCCAUCCCAAAAAUUCAGGAUUUCUAUUAAGUGGUUGCUCCGUGGCUUAUCCUUAGUCAUCUUAACUUAUUCUGUGUGUUAAUACAUGAAUAAUUAUAGUUCUCAAUAAUUUGUUUGCAUUCUUACUAAGUGGCAGGUGUGGCCUUGAAUUCACCACAUUGCCUGAGAGGCUAGAUGGCAAGAAAAGCUCAUUUGGGCAGCCCUCCUACACAAAACCCUUGGCACCACUUGCACAAAUUUUGAAUUGGAGUGUGGGGGGACAAAAGAGGGGUUGGUCAGUAUCAGGCAGAAAGAUGGAAACUAAGAACCCAAGCAUACGUGAUCAGCUGAAAAUACCAGAUGAGUUUCUGCAGUGUCUUCACCAUCCCAAUUAUAUAACAUGUUCUGAAAUAAGGAGUCACUCUUGAUCACUGAGGUAGAAUUGGGUCCUUGCACCCAUAAGCAAAAGAAAGCUUGACUAACUCGAUUGUACAUUCUUUACAAAGGGCACACUCGGUUUCAGGAUCAGGAAGUCUGUUGUACUAAAUGUUUAGAUCUGGUAUUACUUAGGAUAGAGGUUCAACAACUGACAAAGAGAUGCCAGAAUACAGUGGUUGUUCAGCAGUGUCAGGGGCCCAGUGUGUUUUCCUUGUUGUGCUGCCACCCUUGGUCAAUACUUGGCUUCCGUUUGCAAUCCUGAGUGCGUGACUCCUCAGCUGCUCCAGCUCCAACUCUCACAUCUUCAUUCUAGCAGGAAAGGAGAAAGUGAAGACAUUCUUCUUUAAGGGCAACAAUCUGGAUGUUACAUACAUCAACUUCUACUCCCAACUUAGGCCACAUCUACCUGCAAGGAAGGCAGGGAAACUUGGUGACCACGUGUCUUGCCGGAAGUUCUGUUAUAUAAGAAAAGAAGUACAGACUGGAGGACAACUGCAGUUUCUGCCAUGGUUCCCUUCUGUGGUUUUCCACUCCAAACCUACUGAAGAAUUCAAAGUGCUGAGCUAGAAGCUCCUGGAAUUCCCUGUGUACAGAAAACAUUGAAAACUAGAGGCAGUUUUACCCCCUCUGUUUUUGGACAGCAUGGGUAAUACAUGUUUAUUCUUAGGGGAAAAAAUAGAAAAUACAAAAUGGUAAGAACUGAAGAACAAGCAUCCUGAGACUCCAUGCCCCAGUGAUGAUGCUAGGAUUUUGAUAUCUUCCCUGAUAGACUUGCCUAACGCAACUGGAGACAUAACAGAAAAUCUUGGGGUAGUAAUUGACAUUACAUGAUGGUGAUGGUAAGUGGCCUAUAUUCUUGUGGGGUGGCAAGGGAGAGCUCUUUAAAUCUAACCUGUCAUAUGGUUGAAAGAAAACAGAAAUUGGGGGACUUGGCUUUUCGUUCCACCUCUUACUUGACCCCUGUGUGACCCUGGGUAAGUAACCAAUUCUUUUUUUUGUUGUUUUUUGAGGAAGAUUAGCCCUGAGCUAAUAUCUGCCACCAAUCCUCCUCUUUUUGCUGAGGAAGACUG